GGCAGUCAAAAAGAAAAACGACGGUCGCCUCUUUCUUCUUUCGCCACAGACGAUAAUGAUAACGAAAAAAUCGUAAAACAGCAACCGUGCCGAGUGUUUCCGACCACACCAAACGGGAAACAGGAUCUAAAAUUCAUUUCACACGCUGUACGCUGUUAGUUUGCCGCCUCGUAGAGUGUUUUCUUUACUAGUUUUCCGAUUCGGCAUAUAAACAAACCAGUAGUGCGUCGUGUACAAAGGAAAGGUAGCUAGGCGGGCACAGGUGGUGGACGGAAGGUGGCACAAUAAAGAAAAUCAUGCAUUCGGAUCGCCGAUUGUAUCUUCUGGUGCUGUAUGUGUUCGCGCUACAGCUCCGGACGUCGAUAGGAGGCAAUCCGCGCGACAGUGCCCAGGUCAGUGCCCGUAAUGUGGCGAGCAAUGGCACCAGCAGCAGUAGCGCCAGAAGCAACAGUAGCACCAACAUUGCCUGUCGGGAGGAUGUGCUCGACCAAUGUCCCCCGAAUGCGUCAUGUGAUAAGGGUCAGUGUGUUUGUCUUUUCGGCUACAAGCUGAAUGCCGCGUAUCACGGGAAGAACGCCUCUGCCAGCAGUCCGCCGCCAGCCAUGCCUGUUCCGAGCACCAACGCUGCCUCCAUUACGUACUGUUUGCCGGACGAAACCGGCGCCAAAGCAACCUCUCUGCACGGAGGACCUGGCAGCAAUAGCAGCAAGGCGCCGGGCGACGGAGCUGCUGCCGAAGGAGAUGGUGGAAAGGCGGGACAGUUGCCCCUGCGGGAACCGGUCGCAGCUCAUCACAUCCUCGGUGGCGUGCUGAUCCCACUCGCCUUCGUCGUGAUACUGAUCGGCAGUGCCAUCCUCGCGAAGCGUACAGAUCUCUGGGCCCGGCUACGGCAACGGUUCCUCGCGCACCGGAACCGCCACCGAAGGCGGCCGGCCUACGAGGACGUGGUGCUAGGUAAUGAUUCCGAUGAUCCGCCUUUGAUCUAAAACGAAAGCAAACCGAACCCAACAACCACCAACCAGCAUCUUCUCUCUCUCUUCUCUCUCUCUUUCUUCUCUAUCCUUUCUUUUUCCUUGUGCCCCACUAAUUCCCUUCGCACCUCACCCCCUACUAGUCACCCCGUCGGUAGAGCACCACGGUUGAGAGGUCGUGUCUCGGUGCAAGCAUGUCGUUCUAGAGCGAGUGUGUGUAGCGGCUGUUCGAUGUGCUUAUUGGUAUUUUCUGUUUAGCGUAGAUUGUCCGCCCUCUAAUCCCCCUUCUCUCCUGUAGUACCACCACGGUAUUAUAUCCCUUCUGCCGACAAACCCUUCAAUAAUCGACGACUCAUUACCAUUAUGCGUAACCGAAAUAUCUCUCUCUCUCUCUUUCUCUCUCACUCUCUGUUCUCUUCUUUCACUGUUCCACAUCACAACUUCCUUUUCGUUACUAACGACCCCCUUAAUCAACUAAACAAAACCAACAACGACCGACAACGACGAAUUGAUGAGAGCAGUGGGCUUUGAGCCACAGGCGGGCAGGCUUUGAGAACGCCAAAGAGAACAGUACCAUGCCGAGGAAGGGUGUGCAUUUAAAUAGAUGUGCUUGUUUUUACAUUAUCGCCCCCCUUAUCGAGCGCGAACUUGCUGCAACCUACGUUCCUUAACGAGAAGAAGAGCGCGAUCCCGCGGGGUGAUGUACUGAAGAAAUAAGUCUAAAAUCUAAGUCAUUGAGGCGCGGAGGAUGGUCGGAACCGAUCGCACACAUACGCACAACACCGUAAGAUAGUGGAGUAGAAGAUCGAUAGCGAUGAGAAAUAGGCAGAGGGGGAGGCAGAGGAACGCUGAUAAGAAGCUGGGAGCUGCAGCACGGGCAGAGGAUAAGAUAGAAUCUUGCCAAAUGGAGACAAAAAAAACCUAUUCUUAUUUGAAAGCGAAUUAGCAGUUAAGAGAAUUAUUGAAAACAGAGUUGUGUUGGUCCAGUGGAAUUUGGCAAGAGUGCGUUGAAACAGCAGAAACCAAAUGUCUUUUUGAGGAAUUAGAUAGUGUAGCGUGUGAGUUUGAUCACACUUUCACCAAAAA